AUUCUCAAAGUCCUUGAUUUCUCAUGCAAACACACAUAUAAAAAUGGAAGUUAUUGUAAACCACAUAAUAUUCAUCAAAGCAUUCAAAGUCUCAAAACAUUGUCAAGAAAACAAAACAAGAGAAUUUAACAAAAAAAUUGCACUUCUUUCUGUCAAUUUGAAUUCAAAUGGCAAUGAGACCAAGAGGUGGUGGUAGAGGUGGACCUGGUACUCGCCCUCAUAGGGCGCCGCGACCUGGAGUUCGCCCAGUUUAUGAAGAUUUUAGGCCUGUUUUUGAGCGGCAUCAAGAGGAAGGAGCUGAAAAACUACUUAUAUUUCUUCCUGGAUUCUUUAAGGAAAGCCUUAGAGUAAGUACAGAAGGCAAGAACACAGUCAGGGUACGUGGAGAACAGUUUGUAGAAGGCAACAAAUGGAAUCGCUUCCAAGAAGAUUAUCAAGCACCUGAGAACUGUAACAUGAGAGGCAUCCAUGCCAAAUUUGAGAAUGGUAUCCUCAUCAUCACUAUGCCUUGCAAAAUGCCCAAGCAAUUAUUAGAUGAACACACAAAACAACCCCCUCUAACAACCCCACCACCCCCUCACAAGGAUGAUGAUGUUCCUCCCAAAACAAGUUAUCCACCUAUUGAAACCCCAAGAAAACCAACCCCUUUAAAACCCACAGCUCAAUUGCCAAAGCCUCAAAAUGCUGACAAAGAUCAAGUUUCUAGAGUACAGGAAAAACAAAGAGAAGAGGAGAAAAUCUUUGAUGACCCAUUGAAAAGUGCUGAAACAUCAAAGUCUCAAAAGGGUGAUGAAAUUAUAGACUUUCCAGCUCUUGGAAAAACCCCAGUAGGAAAAACCAGUGGUGAGAGGGAAAAAACAAAAGAUGAGAAGAAAAUCUUGGAAGGAGGAAAGAAGGUUGCUGAAAAGAGUAAAGAACUAAUAGGAGAAAUUCAAGAAAAGGUUGAGCAGAAAGGACCAAAAGAAAAGCAAAGUGCAAGUAAUUUAGCUGCUGGUACCUCUUCUUAUCAUGGCAGUGAAUUCAGUAUUGACAACUUGAAGAAAAGCUUUUUGGGACAAAAUGAAGAGAGACAACUGCUUGUUAAUGCUGGAGCUGCUGUGCUGGUGAUUAUGGCACUAGGGGCUUAUGUUUACCACUCCAUUGGAUCAGGGAGAGCUAAGUAAAUAACAACACUUAAAUUAUGUAAAAAUGUACAAAUUUACCUUGAUUGUGAUGCUUUUAAUUUGUGCAAAUAAAAGCAAAUGGGGUUGACGAGGGCAUAUGUGAAAAAUGUAGGAACAAAUCAUUCUUUCAAGUCUAAGUUAAUAAAAAAUUUAAUUCAGUCAGU